AUGCGAGCUCUGGCAACGCAGUAUGGUGUUCACAUAACAAUGGUGGUUCAUCCAAGAAAAUCUUAUCAGUGUAUAUUACAUAUUCAAAUUGAGGCGGACUCGGAACUGGACAUACAACAUUUUGGCGGCUCUGCUCGCGUGACACAGGAAGCGGAUAAUGUGCUAGCUAUCCAGAGAAGGCGUGAUGAUCGUGAUCGUGGGAAAUUCAGAAAAUUUCUUCAUGUGAGUAGUGCCAGAUAUUGCUUUCGACACUAG